AUGCAGGAAAAACCAUCAGAAAUCAACAAAGAGAUCACCGCCGAGGAAAAGCAAUUCACAGAUCUCCUGUUUGGUGAUUUGGAGGAGGUCUCGAUUCCUAAGCAAACAACACCGAAAGAAGAUAAGCCAAAGGAGCGUGUUCCCUUAUGGCACGAUUCUGACGACGACGAAAUUGAAAUUGACAUUAGUGCACAGGGAAAGAGAAAGAGAAUGCGAAACGAUUAUGAAGAAAAGAAGAUUAGUGGAACCGAGUAUACCAAGCGUUUGCAAGCAAAACUCGCUCUUCCCAGUGAAGUGGAGUCUCUGUUUGAACUUUCUCCCAAAGUGGAUGCGAACGAUGACGUUGAGACGCUUCUCCGCACCACCAAACGCUUCAUCGGGGCUUCUCGCGCUCUCCCCAGUACCCACUUAGAGAUCCAGAAGCUGGCCGAGUUCGCUCUGCGUGAAGACAAUGGUUCCGAGCGGCUGAAGCGCAAAAAAGAAGCGAUCCGCUCGGUGAGUUUCCACCGUUCGGAACCCCUUUUCCUCGUCUACAACGCCUCGAACUUCGUGCAUCUCUACUCGCUCCAAUCCGGCGCGCCGACAUGCAUCAAAAUGCUCCACUUCGACAACUUCCUCGUCCAUCAAGCUGAUUGGACCAGCCGAAACACACUCCUCCUAAGCUCCAAAAACCGCGAGUUUCUGAUCUACUACGACAUCGAGCGCGACAAAUUCUCGCGGAUCUUCAACGUCCCCGGGUACCAGGAGCUGAAGCACGGGAAAAUGUGCGUUUCGCCGGACGGCGUGCACGUGCUUCUGAUCGGUAACGAGGGAUCUUUGUUCCGCGUGGAUCUGCGGAGUCGCCGCUGCGAAACGGUGCGCCAAUUGGCUUCGCCGGUGUGCGACGCCAGUUUCUACGAUCGAGAAACCUGUUAUAUCUUAACAAAGGACAGUAUGAUCUUCGAAUUCGACGUGACGACAUGCACGGUACGGCACGUGUACCGCGAUAAGGACUUGUUUGGCGGGAUUGUGCUGUGUGUGAACGGAAAUUUCAUGGCGAUUGGGUGGUUCCGCGGGGAUCGGGUGAUUUCUAGGGACGCUACGGGCGUGCUGAGCGUGUAUGAAACGCCCACGGAGCGGACGACGAAGGCGGGAGCGGAGAAUUCGCGGGAAAUCGUGGCGUUGAAGGCAGUGAAGAAUUUGGUAACCGCGGUUUCGAGCGUGGCGAUCAACAACGACAACUCGCUGCUGGUGUACGCGAGCCGAGAGAAGCAGACGCAGAUCCGCGCGGUGCAUCUGGGGACGCGGAGCGUGUUCACGAACUGGCCAACAAAGCGGGAAAACUUGGGAGGCGUGACGACGGUGGCGAUGAGCGGAGACAAUCGUGGAAACGGGGAAGAGGAGUGA